AUGCAUUUCACUCAGUCUCUCCUCCUUUCCGCCUGGAGUAUCAGCACUGUCUAUGCCGCAGCCAAUACAAGCACUUCUCAAACCCAUAUAGUCCGCGUCGGCCAGGCCAACAAUAGCACUGCACUUAGAUACUUCCCCGACAACAUUUCAGCCAAAGUAGGCGAUACAAUCCAGUUUCAAUUCGCAGCCGGAAACCACACCGUUACCCAAUCCACUUUCGACGCACCCUGCGUUCCGAUUAGCCAAAGCUCAAAUAACACAGGUGUUUAUAGUGGCUUUAUGAAUGUAGCUGCUGGAUUGAAUAGUACGGGUAUGGUACCAGUAUUCAGCAUGCCGGUUAAGGUCGCUACACCUUUGUGGUUUUAUUGUAGUCAGGGAAAGCAUUGUCAAAAUGGAAUGGUUUUAGUGGUCAACGAGAACACCGCAGCAAACUCAACCCGCUCUCUCGCAAACUUCGCAGCACUAGCAGCAAAAGCCACAAAAAAUAUCGCCCCUACAUCCAACGGUACUUCGUCCACCUCUUCUUCCUCUUCCUCAACUUCCAAUUCGGGCUCUUCAGGCUCAGAUUCCUCAUCCACAGCAACAACACUCUCUCCAGCCUCAGGUACAUCUUCUAGUAACAGCGGUGAUUCAUCUGCAGCUGCAGCUGCAUCCGGAACAGCUACUACCAGCACGAGUCUUACGGCCGCUACUGCAAAUGCAGGAAAUAGAUUUGGAGUCCAGAAUGCAAUGGGAUAUGUGGGUGCACUUGGAGCUGGUGUAAUGGUUUUGUUGUGA